AUAGUUGUUGCUCUGUAUUUUUUUUUGAUGUAGUUAUAAUAGUAAUUUUUUAACUGGCUUUUAAUUCGCGAACAUGGGUGUCAUUCGACGCGUUGUGUGCGCCAUGUCGGGAGGUGUCGACAGCUCUGUUACAGCGUUGUUACUGAAGAGAAGAGGCUAUAAUGUAACUGGAGUUUUUAUGAAGAACUGGGACUCCCUGGAUGAAAAAGGGGUUUGCACUGCAGAGGAAGACUGUGAAGACGCCUACAAAGUGUGUCAGAUCCUGAACAUCCCCUUCCAUCAAGUGUCCUAUGUCAAAGAGUACUGGCAUGAAGUUUUCAGCAAUCUACUGAAGGAAUAUGAGAAGGGCAGGACACCAAAUCCAGAUAUUCUCUGCAACAAGCACAUCAAAUUCAAUCAUUUCUACAAGUAUGCUAUCAACACUCUGGGUGCUGAUGCCAUGGCAACGGGCCAUUAUGCAAGGACGUCGCAGGAAGACGAAGAGGUGUUCCAACAGAUGCCCGCGGCUUUGCCCACCACUCUCUUCAGGGAUCGAUUUGAGAUUAGAAAUCCGGUGAGGUUGUACAAAGGAGCAGACUCCCUCAAAGACCAAACCUUCUUCCUCAGUCAGAUCUCCCAAGAUGCCUUGCGACAAACCAUGUUCCCAUUAGCCGGACUUACCAAAGAGUACGUCAAAAAGAUUGCGGCUGAGGCCGGAUUUCACCAUGUGCUCAAAAGGAAAGAGAGCAUGGGCAUCUGUUUCAUUGGAAAGAGAAACUUUGAAGACUUUAUUUUGGAGUAUCUGGAACCUAAACCAGGGAACUUUGUCUCCAUUGAAGACGGGACCGUCAUGGGAAAACAUAAAGGCUGGUUUACUCUGACUCUGGGCCAAAGGGCAAGGAUAGGAGGCACCAGGGACCCCAUGUUUGUGGUGGACAAAGACACUGCUACUGGAGAUGUCUUUGUGGCACCGAGCACCACUCACCCGGCUCUUUUCCGCGACACAAUGAAGACGGACCGUUUCCACUGGGUGACGGUAGACCCGCCUCCUGAACUGGUCAGGACACAGAUGAUGGAGUGUCAUUUCCGCUUCGUCCACCAGAUGCCACUCACUCCGUGUACAGUGACGCUGAACAUGAACGGCUCUGUGUGGAUUUCACUCUCUCAGCCAAUCAGAGCUCUGACACCAGGACAGUUUGCUGUGCUCUACAAAGGACAGGAGUGUCUGGGUAGUGGAAAGAUUGUCCAACUGGGGCCCAGUGAAUUCACACUCCAGAGGGGCCGAGAGCGACUGGUAGCAGCUGCACAGCAAAAGGAGCAGGAAACCCCGGAACCAGCCAGCUGAGUGGGAGUGGUUGAAAUAUGCUCUGUCGGGGGAAAAUCGGGUACCAUCACUAAAUGUUCUAUCUGACAGGCCUUUGUGACGUGGUGCAUGUUCUGCAGGAAUCAAUUGUUUCCAAAUUCCAAAAUACUCUUUUACGCAGUAUUGAUACCACAAGGACAACAACAACAACUACUACUAAUCCCUGAGGGAAAUUCUGUUAUUGAGAGACAUGCCUCUCACAUACAUAGACCUGACAUUUACACACCUGAACAAACAGGACCUGUGGACAUGCAUUAGUGGAGAGAUUUCAGAGUGGGGCAGGGAGUGCGUCACAGCUGUUGGGGGUUCGGUGCCUCGCUCAAGGCAGUACUUGGGAAGUGACUAGGCACCUCUUUAGAUCCGCACCGGGAAUUGAAACAGCUUCCCAACCCAAGUCCCUACUGACUGAGCUACUGCUGCCUGAUAAGUUAUUUCUAAUUGGCCUAACACAUAACAUACUGAGAAUAAUAGUAUGUAUAGUCUAUGCAGAGUAAGGGCCAGGUCCAAAUAGUGCUUCCAUGUGAUUUUUGCACAGACCCGGCUGUGCUUGCACUCCAUCGUCUUCAUGUCUAGAAUCUAGUUUAGCAUGAGCAGUUCACACGAGUGCAGCCAUAUUUAAUACAGAGUAGCAAAUGUGGUGAUACUGUUUUUUUUUGUUUUUUUUAACUCUUAAACUGUAUUAUUAAAAUCAGUUUUCACUCAAAUAAGCCACUUGGUGAAAUAUGUAUGAAAAGGUUGUGAGAGACAAUAAGACUGUUAAACAUGUUAUCACACUACUAUUUUCUAAUGUUAUGCAUAUUGAGCCCAUGUUUGUGAUGUAGCUAUUGUUGGUUUUUUAAUCAAUGAGAAAGUAAAGUGCCUUUUUGGGUCCUGAGGUAUUGUUUUUAUUUGUGGAACUUUUUUUUCCCUCUCAUGUAAAUACUUGAACAUAUUUGACAAACGAAUGAAUAAACCAAAUAAGUUAAA